CAAGCUUAAGUGCUCUUCCAGAGACACUUAGAAAGGAGUAGGAUCCUCUCCUGAAGCAACUGGUCCUCCAUUGAGAUGUGGGUUUCGACCGAGGCCACUACGGUAGUUCGAGUAAAUCAAGAACUGUUGUCUUACGUGGGCACCGGUUGAGGGCUUGUUCUAACUUUAAAUUGUAAAAGGAAUGGCUAGUUAUUUUAGUAGCAACCGACUGGGUUAUAACGUUAGCUAUCUAACUUUGUGUGUUGCUGUAGCUACCAUUAGCUAACUGGUGAGAGGUGAGUUUGUAAUGCUGUGUGUUAUGUCUCGUACCUUGACUGUCAUCCACGUGUGGCUACUGGUUUUUAAUUAGCUCCCGGGCUAACUAGCAGUCAGCUGAUUAACUAGCUAGCUAGUGGCAGAUUAGCCUAGGCAGCCGAUAGUGGCUAAACUAGUACAGUAGCGGAUGCAAGCGAGACGUUAUCUCACUCUUCGCAUGUUUGUUGUCAAUUCUAGCCUCUUCGCUCCAGGAUACCUGUACACACAGCUCCUGGAGCAGAGGCUAUGCCAAUUCUAGUUUUGGGGCACGAUGACGUCAAUUCCAAACAUGGCCAGAGAACUGUCCAUGUAACGUCAAUGAGCUAGCUACCUAAUGAACAUUUUAUUAGGCUAAAAACAAACAUGUUAUCCUUGCCUAGCUAUACGGCAUCAACUUUGCUCAAGUUGCAUUGUAUGAUGCCACUUGUUGCAUCCCCGACAUUUUCUUGCUUUAGUGUGCAUAAUCAACUAGCUUAGCUAGCAUGUAUUUGCUAACAUUUCAUCCUUCACUGUGUGUGUGGAUUUGAAUGACGUCUGCUGCACGUGGGCAGGUAGCUAGGUAGGAAGAUAGUUACACAAAUUGACUGACACAUUCCAAACUAGUUUGUAGGAUCAAUGACCAGUCAUUUGUCAUGCAUGUGUAUGGAAUUUAACUUUUGAUGACUGUUUUCUCAUCUUUUGUGGACAUGCAAGCAAUGAGUUCCCUAGUCUCACUACAUCAACUACCAACCAAUUCUCAUGAAAGAUAGAACAUAAAUCAUGCAAUCACAGUGCUUUGACAUCCAUCAAACACUGAUUUGGAUCCUGCCAUCUGAUUUCCUGCCAUCCAUUCCCCCCAUCAACUUCUUUACAGUGAUCUGCUGUGUUAACUUCAUGCUGCUUGUUUGAUAAGUAUCACCCCAUUACAUCUCAACCUCCUGCAUGACUCCUCCCCCCCAUAAUCAUCUGGCCCUCAGUCCAACUGCAUGUGUCCUCCCCUUGCCUGAACUGAGAGGGCCUCCACUAAACUGCAUGCGCUCUCCCUUGAACUGAACUGAGUGGGUCUCCCCUCGGCGCGCCUGCUUUUCUGUGAGUGCUUCACUGACCAUGGGGAAGGACAGGGGGGGUAAUGCUAUGGUUCUGUCGUCGAAGAGGCCGUGCCACGGGUGGGGGGACCACGGUCGCGACCUGGAAAAGCUGCGUUCGACCCUGGAGGUAGAGAAGUGCCGUAACCAUCAGGCUCACCAGAGGUUCUCUCUGGAGCUGCGUCGGCUCCGCGAGGAGGCUGAGAGGGAGCAGCAGCAGGCCCUGAGGGAGCUGACGGCCAGGCACGAGCGACAGAAGGCCCUGGAACUCCAGCGGCUACAGGAGGUGCUGAGGAGGGAGCAGGCUGCUGAGGUGAGACACCUGCUGAGAUACAAAGGACAGGAGUUAAAGGCAGUAGGCACUGGGCUGGAGAGGGAAGCUGCCACCAGGCAGGCCAGGGAACUGCAGCGCCGGCUGGCUGAGGAGGCCAACACAACCAUCACUAAGUCUGGGUGGAAGAGCAGGGGGGAGAACGUAGACAGAGAGCCUGGUUGUGUUUGCAGCGGUGCCAGCUGCCGUAAGCUGGAGCAGCUGCUGGUGAGGCUGCAGGUUACAGAUAGAGAUGGAGAGCAGGCUGAGUUCCUCCAGCGUCUCAGACAGGAGCUGGAACUGGAGAAAGACCUCUGCCACCUGCUUGAAGUUGACAGACAUGGACGACGACUAGGGACCAGGGAGGUGAAGGAGAGGAACCAGAGCUCCAGGGCUCUCAAAACCAGGCACAGGUCUAAGAGCUGUGUCCAUCUCCGCAGCAGCAGCACCCAGGACCAGGAAGACCACUCCCAUCGCAGUGGGCCUCCACCACUGGCCCGCUCCAGGUCCCUUUCCCAGAGCUCCAAGAGUCCCUCAUCCCCUCCACCCAAGAAGAGAACCAGGAGAGAGCAUAUGAACGUGGCUUCAGGAAAGAACCUCAGUGCAGCUGCCCGCUGCUCCUCUCCCCUGACUGGGGACACCUGUCGAAGCACCAGCUCCCCUCAGACCACAUCCUCACCCCAUGCAGGCUGGGACUUCCAGUCUAAGUCGCCUGGGUCAGACAAGUCCUCACCCUCCAAAUACUCUGACAAAGACAACAUGGAGGACAACAUGGAGAAUGGCACUGACUAUGGGUUCUUGGUGCGUCAGAACUCUGAGCUGCUGCAAGCUCUGGAUGAGAUGGAGAAGACCUGCACCAACCUGAGAGAGGAGAACGGCCUGCUGAGGAAGAGCAGUGUCCCAGAGACUGAGGAGAAGGUGAGGCGUCUGAGGAGGAAGAACACAGAGCUGGCUGUCAUCGCUAAGAGACUGGAGGAUAGGGCACGCAAACUACAGGAGGCCAACCUCAAAGUGGUGAACGCUCCAGCUCCGGUGCGGCCUGGGGCGGUGGAGCAGUACAAGAGGGCGUUUGCCCGUCAGAGAGCCCGUGACCUGGCACAGCAUGCAGAUACACUGCUCUACAAGGACAAGGAGAUUGCUGCCCUUCAGCAGGAGUGUAGGCAGCUGGAGACCCGUCUGGGCACAGCCAAGGGCUGCCCUAUUCCGUCCAGCGUGGUGGAGUUUGAGAGGCUGCUGAGGGAGUCUCAGAAGGAGGUGCUGAGGCUCCAGAGGCAACUGUCAGUCUCCUCCUCCAGAGUCACCUCCUCUAAAGAAACCUCCUGCAGGGAGCACAAUGGCCACGACAGGCCCUGCACACCUGAGGAGAAGAGCAAAGAGAAUGUUGCAGCAGAGACCCCGUGUGUGGCGUUAGAUGAGGCUCCAUCCAGGUGUGAGGAGACUCCCAGAGAGGAGGAGGAGUCAGGGUCGCGAGUGACCCAACCCUCACUGGGCCUCUGCCCCGCCCCCACCCCUAGCCUCUCCCACCAGGAGGAGCACACAGAGGAGCAGCGACUACAGUUGCUGGAACAGGAGCUGAGUAAGAAGAGAAAAGAAUGUGAAAACCUUGAGCAUGAAGUAAGGAAGAGACAGAAGAAAUGUCUAGAUUUGGAGAGCCUGCUUGAGGAUGAGCGGGGCAAAAAUGAACAACUAGAGGAGGAGGCGGAUCUCCUCAGGAGGAAGGCACAGCCGCCCGACCAGGCCCGGGUUGAGAAUGAGGAGCUGAGGGAAGACCUCUCUGAAGUGACCGCUCAACGUGAUUCAGUUCUCGAGGAGAACCAGAGACUCCGUGCCAAACUGGAGAACCUAGAGCAGGUCCUAAAGCAUAUGCGAGAGGUCGCCGAGCGAAGGCAGCAGCUGGAACUAGAACAUGAGCAGGCACUGGCUAUCCUCAAGUUUAAACAGGAUGAGAUCAAACGGCUACAGCGGGCUGAGUUUUUUGCCAAGAGGGAGCAUGAGGGGGUGGUACAGUUGCUGGAGGACUUGAUCCAGCUUGUGUUGCAGAGGGAGCUGUCUAAGGUGCGCGAGUUGGAGGAUAAAUGUCGCAGCCAGAGUGAACAGUUCGGCCUGCUCAGCCAUGAGCUGGAGACCUUCCGACUGCAGGCCGGCAAACUGGACCUGGCCGGCUCCGCACUCCUCACUAACCACGCCCUCUGCCAUCUGACCAACGGUGUGGGCCUCGCUGGGGAUGUGGCGGCAACUCUCCAGAUGGGGGCCACCCCUCACGCUGCGGGUCUCACACGCUCCCCCACCACCAAGCACCGUGAGCUGCCCACCAUCAGCCUGACCAAGUCCUCCAGCUCCCCCAAGUCUGUCUCUGACACCACCCACCUCUCCCCAAAGUCGGCCGAGUCCCACCACAGCCCCCAUCACAGCCCACGCAGGACCAGCCCCACGCCACACGAGGUUGACACAGCCAGUGAAGUGGAGGAGUUGGACAUUGAUGUGUCCCCAGCACCUUACACCACUCUCAGAGGAGCCGCCAAGCUACAGGUCUUCAUCGGCAGAUACAGCUAUAACCCCUAUGAUGGUCCAAAUGAUAACCCAGAGGUGGAGCUGCCACUCACCGCUGGGGAGUACAUCUAUGUUUAUGGCGGUAUGGAUGACGACGGCUUCUAUGAAGGUGAGCUGAUGGACGGGCGGAGAGGGCUGGUCCCCUCCAACUUUGUGGAGCGCGUCUCAGAUGACGACAUGAUGAGCGCCCACGUUCCAGAGGGCACGGACAUAUCCCACAACUCCUUGCUGGACAGCAGCCUGCACAGUGCCAGCCACCAGCACCACCUCCGCCUGGGGAGCCCAGGUACCUCUGAGAGGACCGACCCUACGUUUGCAGCCUCCAACCCAGGUCCCCUAUCCGUCUCUUUCCCCUCAGGGGAGCAGGUCCCGGCCCCCACGGACCCCUCCCUCCGACCCCUCCUCUCCCCAGCCCCCCUCACCAACGGCCUGGACCUAGACCUGGAGGUGGGGGUGGACACUGUGCCUUACCCGCGCAAGCUCACCCUCAUCAAGCAGCUGGCCAAGAGCAUCAUCAUUGGCUGGGAUGGGCCGCUGGUGCCAGCGGGCUGGGGCAAUGUGUGGAGCUACAAUGUGUACGUGGACCAGGAGCUGAGGCUCAACGUGCCCUUCGGCUCUCAGACUAAAGCUGUCCUAGAGAGACUAGACGUCAAUCUCAAGGCCUAUCGAGUGUCUGUGCAGAGCCUGACUGAGCGCGGCAGCUCAGACCAGCUCCGUUGCUCCAUGCUGGUGGGCAGGGACGUAUGUGUGGCGCCCACCCAGCUCAGAGUCGACCGUGUCACCGCCACCUCGGCCAGCCUGUCGUGGCUGCCCAGCAACAGUAACUAUGUGCACAUUGUGUCCUUGAACGAGGAGGAGAUGGAGCUGGUUAAGGCUGGCAGCUACUCGCUGUGUCUCAGUAACCUUACGCCCAGCCUGCACUACACGGUCAAGGUGGAGGCUCGGCCACACCAAACCCCCUGGGAGCUUCCCCAGGAGAGGCGGGAACACAAGACCGCCACCACUACAUUUACCGUGCUGGCCGCAGGUCCCCCUGAUGCUCCUCUGGAUGUGCAGCUGGAGCAGGGGCCCUCCCCGGGAAUCGCCCUUAUCAGCUGGCUGCCUGUCACCAUCGAUGCUGCUGGGACCUCCAACGGAGUCCGCGUCACCGGAUACACCAUCUAUGCUGACAAGAAAAAGGUGUUGGAGGUGUCAUCCCCCACGGCAGGCAGUGCCCUAAUGGGCCCGUCUCAAAUCCAGUCCCUUAUGACGGCCCACCAGCUCACCGUGCGCACCAUGUCCGGCCACGGGGAAUCCACCGACUCUGUGCCAGUCAACGUGCCCGCCAAGCUAGCCGCCAUCAUGACGGACCAGGCCUCGGCUACCUCCGCCCCUUGCUCCUUAUCACCCUCCGUUCACCAGUCACCACCCUACCAGUCACCCCCUGUCCACCAGUCACCCCCCUUCUUGUCUUCAUCACCACCCGUACAGCCCCAAUCCCCGUCCUAUGGGAACUCAGCUGCCAAAGUCUCCACGCUACCCUACGCCACGGCCUCACCGCCGCUAGACGCACACGCCAUGGUCCCUAACGGGGGGCUGCCCUCUGCCAACUCUCCCCCAGUCCACACCCUCCACACAGAGGCCUCCUCCCCGCUCCCUGCCUCGUACGCAGAGGCCUGGGCCAACCCCUUAGCAAAGUCUCCUGCUCCCCCUCGGGAUGCCUUGGCAAUGCAUGAGGCCACCAUGUCACCUCCAGUAGCACCAAACUAUCAGGCCAAGUUGCCAUCAGUACCAUCAGCCUAUGAGGCUAUGAUGUCACCACCAAUACAACCAGCCUAUCAGGCCAUGCUACCACCAGCCUCUCACAUCAACACAACGGUCAAUGCAGCCUUGCCCCCCAGCCAGAGUCCAGUCCCAGGCCUAGUCCCAGCAGCCAUGGAGCAGAGCAGAGCAGUCACAGAAAUCCCCGGAGCUCCCCGUCCCGUCAUGUCCAUCACAGACUUUCUCCCCAUGGAGGACUACUCCCGUGCAAACCUUUCAACCCCUGAGCCCUGCCCCACCCCACCCCAGGACAGACACUCUCUCCAGCCCCCCAAAGCCCCCUCUCCCCUGGAGUCAGAACCAGACUACUCCAUGGAGAGGUCGACCACACGCCUGGUGUCCAUGGAGGAGUUCCUCAGGCAGGAGAAGGACCCAGGCUUCAGCAGGCAGCCACAGGGUUAUGCUGUUGGCCUGGUGGAGCCUCCGUACGGUGCAACAGAGAACAGUAGGGGCUCGGACCUGUCUGAUAUCCUGGAGGAAGAGGAGGAGGACAUGUACUCAGACCCCCCUGGACCCGCCCUGGCCCGGGGAUACACCACAGGAGCCGACAGGCCAGACCAGUGGGAGGUGCCAGACAGUGACGAGGAGAUUCUGGAGAGUAUCCUGAAGCUUCCUCCACAGGCCCAGGCUCAGGCCUACCACUACCAUCACGGUCAUCAUCACCUCAACAAGCACCUGUUCAGCAUCCCAGAGGUCACUGAUGAAGAGGACAACAGCGUGGACGAGGACUAUAAUCACCGUCGCCACCGAAGACAGUCCCAAGCCAGGCCCAGCCGCACACACCUCCACCCCGAUGACCCCCACUACCACAGAACCCGAGACCAGCCCCACCACCACCACCACCACAGCAGCAGAGCUGAAGCCAAAGAGCCUUUACCCAGACACAGUGGUGGUGCUGUUGUCAGGGCUCGGCCCCAGCACAGGGUCCACUACGCAGACAGAGUAGACAGCAUCAGCUACCCUGAGGAGGGGGAGCUGGUCCUCGGGCCCAGUAAGGAGAUGUGGGUGCGUCAGGCCCCCCAGAAGGUCCACAGCAGUGGGGGAAGGAACGGAGUGGGGACGGUUGCCCUGGUAGGCGGGCUAGGGGACAGGCUCAGAAGAGAAGCCUUGCUACGGAGUCAGAUGGCGGUCGCUGCGUUAACGUCCCAGGCCACCGGCCACGCACCAUGCUCCUACCUAGUCAGCAAGACCGUUCGGACAGUCAAGUCCCCUGUGGGCUCGGUAGCAGAGAUCGACAUUGAGUAUGGGACUGACGAGGAGGAUCCAUUGACCUAUGACCGCGGGGAACGCGGAGAGGUGGUGGUGGAGCAGAUGAGUUCUGAGUGGUGGGUGGAGGGGUCACCACCUGACCCCCUCACGCUGGCCCUGCGCCGGGGAAAACCUGCCCUCCAGGCCAUUGCAGCUGCUGCAGCAGAAUGGGAGCCUGGCAGAGACCCGUCGAUGGAGGCUAGUGCUGGGUGGAGCGGACAGGCUGAGCUCUCUCCUAAGCUGACCAGGGCAGAGGCCAGGCAGGAGCUCAAUGAGAGCAUGGAGCCUGCGCGGCCUAUAGGAGACAACGAGGUGCGUAUCUUUGUAGCGCUGUUCCCCUACGACCCGGUUAACAUGUCCCCGAACCCUGAUGCCGCUGAGGAGGAACUGCCCUUCAGAGAGGGACAGAUCAUCAAGAUCUACGGAGAUAAAGACUCAGACGGGUUCUACCACGGCGAAUUGAACGGUCGUCACGGUUACGUACCGUGUAACAUGGUGUCUGAGAUUCAGGUGGAGGAUGAGGAGACCAGAGAGACACUCCUGCAGCAGGGCUUCCUGUCUACCCACGCAAACAUGGAGAAGAUAGGCACUCGCUCACAUGCAAAGCUUCCGCGUCGGCCUGUCCCACCGCCAAAACCGAGACGAUCCAAGAAAGUUGAGUCUACUGCAAUGUGGGAGGAUAGCUUAGAAUCCUCCAGUCAAGAUCCCAGCCAGUCUGGUGUUGCCAUGGCGAACCCAGCAGGUCCCGUUCCUCGCAGGAUGAAGGCCAUCUUUGACUAUGACCCUCGAGAGAGUUCUCCCAACGCUGACAUUGAGGCGGAGCUGACCUUCAGUGCCGGGGACGUCAUUUAUGUGUUUGGUGACAUGGACGAUGAUGGCUUCUUCUAUGGCGACCUGAACGGACACAAAGGCCUGGUCCCGUCUAACUUCCUGCAGGCUAUGCCAGAGGCUCCUCGGAAAGCCCCACCACCUGACCCUCAGCCUCCGCCUCUAGCAGAGCCCAGGAGAGAAUUACAGGUGAGCCCGAGCACCUCCAUGGAGCAGACAACACCAGAGGAGGUUCCACAUUCACCCCUACAGACAGGGCUGACUGGCCCAGUCCACACACACAUCCACCACCUAGACCUGAAUCCAUCCGCAGCAGCAGCCAUGUUAGACCCCUCCAUGGACCCUGGCCCAGGCGCAUACUAUCCCAACCCAGCCCCAAGACAAGCCGCCCCCAGAAUCAGCACCUCUCCACCCCACGUUCCACCAGAAAGCCCCUCAAAAACAGACCAGACAGAUGCCUCCCCACCAGGCAAGAAAAAGAAAGGCUUCUUCUCCAAAGGGAAGAAGCUUUUCAAAAAGCUUGGAUCCAGCAAGAAGGAUUGAAACUUGGGACAUUUACCCCCCCCCCCCCUUAUUGAAAGCACUUUUACAUGUUUGUUAUCAGUCUUCGUUGUCUUAGUCUAUGUUCAUUUAGUUGGAGUGUUCUGUCACUACAGAUACACUAACUUGUCCUUGGCCGAUAUUAUACAGCUAAAUAUACCGCUUCAAUGGGCUUUCUUGAUAAUACCAGCUGUCAAUAGAGAUCAAUAGUAAUGGAUUUUUUUUAAGGCACUAACUCCACUAUGUGUAGGACAAAGUCUAUGAGGAGAUUAUUGUUUUUAAAUACGUUUUUGUAGGGUUUUAGGAUAAAUGUUGAAAAUAGGAUCUGUGGUAAACACAGGCUUAGGAUCUUAUAAGGGUCUUUUAUGAGAUCAUCUUCAUCAGCUAAUGUCACUUUUUGGGAACUUUCAAGCAUUUAUGUUAGGAAAAAAAGCACAUAAAGGCUUCAUAAUUCAUAAAGGUUAUGUUAACUGACUGAUAUUAUUUCAUAGAACAGAAAGUAUAAGAUCUCCUAAGCUUGUGUUAACCUCAGACCUUAUUUUCUACAUUUAUUUAUCCCAAAACCCUGUUCUUUCCCCAUUAAUUUUCCCCAUAGGAAUGGUUGAACAAACCAAAGGUAACUCAUUUCUGUUUUUUUAUGACUACAAGCUGGCGAGCUCUAUAUGUGGAGCAUAUUUUGUCUGUAUCCGAAAUGGCACCCUAUUCCCUUUAUUGUGCACUACUUUGGGAAUAGGGUGCCAUUUCAAACGCAGAGAUUGUCAUAUAUAAAACGUGGCAGCAUCACUGACAGCAUGCUAAUGAGCAUGUUGAAGUAUUUAAACUCCUAACCUGUACUGUGCUUACAGGCUGCCUCUAAAUACCCACCAAUUACCUAAUACGUGUUAACCAUUAGUAGUCCACACCACUCUGUGAGGGUUUGUACUUGACGUGUAUCUGGAAGUAAUCUCUGGAAGGAUUGGAUUUGCUUUGAGUUGAUCAGAUACAGAUGCAGAGGUGAUGUUCAAAUGCUGCUCUAGUCUCUAGACUCCCCAUCGUUAGCUUUUCUAUGGUCCAACUCUAUCCGUGGUCCAACUCUAUCCGUGGUCCAACUCUAUUCGUGGUCCAACUCCGUCCGUGGUUCAACUCCGUCCGUGCUCCAACUCUGUCCGUGGUUCAACUCUGUCUGUUGUGGUCCAACUCUGUCUGUUGUGGUCCAACUCUGUCUGUUGUGGUCCAACUCUGUCUGUUGUGGUCCAACUCUGUCUGUUGUGGUCCAACUCUGUCCGUGGUUCAACUCCGUCCGUGGUUCAACUCCGUCCGUGGUUCAACUCUGUCCGUGGUUCAACUCCGUCCAUGGUUCAACUCCGUCUGUUGUGGUCCAACUCUGUCCGUGGUUCAACUCCGUCCAUGGUUCAACUCCGUCCAUGGUUCAACUCUGUCCGUGGUUCAACUCCGUCUGUUGUGGUCCAACUCUGUCUGUUGUGGUCCAACCCUGUCCGUGGUUCAACUCCGUCCAUGGUUCAACUCCGUCCAUGGUUCAACUCUGUCCGUGGUUCAACUCUGUCUGUUGUGGUCCAACUCUGUAUGUGGUCCAACUCUGUCAGUUACACUGAGGAUGGAAGAAAGCAUCUCUUUAUCUGUUGCCUGCUGUUUCUCAUCCCUGUAAGUUUUCAGAUCGAUCUGGAAUCUAUUCUACAUAGAUGUAUUUUAAACACCAGUUUGUUCAGUGAGUCGCUCUCUGUCUCAUAUCAAAAGUAUUGUUUUUAACGCUAAUUGUAGACUUUCACUCAUUAUGAGCUCACUACAGUAUAGCUGAAUGGAAGUUUAACAACUCCGUCCAUUAUGAUUGACAACCAUAAAGUCAUUUAUUUUAGAUCUUUGUGUUGAGUAUGUUUGGUAAAUUGUGUUUUUGGUGUGAGGAAGGAUGGAUCUUAUGGCCUCCUGAAGUGUGUAGACAAAGCGAGACUGACAGUGGCGAGACUGAAACCUAUCUAUGCCUUUCUGUCUAACGUUGGCGCACAGAACUCAUACUCGUGUGUGUGUGCGUGUGUGUGCGCGUGUGCGUGCAUGUCUGGGCGUGUAUGGGGUAAUUUCCUGUCACUGUACUGUCAUAGUAUAGUCCAGGGUCUGUAUUGAGUCUGUCCUUAUUCUUUCCUCCAUUUUAGGAGUGUUGUAAGGACAAUGAACACUAAAACGUUUGGAAGUGUUCAUUUUAUUCUACCAUGGUUAACAACUCAACUCAUGCACUGUAGCUGCAUUGUUUGAUCCAGCUGCUCCAUCCAGUAUAAUAUGCAGUAAUAGUUUUCUGAAGGUGUCCAAAUGACAGGCGAAGUUAGAAAAUGUGAUAAGUUGGUUUUAUUUGUGUGUUGUGUUGAAUACAGGGCUGGUGUUAAAUGUUAAUCAUUUCUCAGGUUCAACUAGUUUUAGUCACUCAGCUCUGCUCGGUUGAGCCACCUCGUUUCACUAAAAUGUGUCUGUUGAACCGCAGAGGGAGAUUCUUGCCAAAACAUUAGGUGCUUUAUCCGUUACUAUAACGAGGAGAUACCAAGCAUGAAACACCAGGGGUGUGUUCAUUGGGGUGAAAUAGCUCGAAAUAUACAGCAUAGUAUGUUCUACCUAAUAACAGCCUAUGUGAGACAUGUCUGUUCUAUAGGCCACAGUUUUAUCUGCAACUUUCUGAACGUUGCUUGCGACCCAUUGGAUUAGCCCCAGCAGAGGGCGGAGUCUAAGCACACCUGACUCCAGACGUUGGAGGAGGCAAAUCGGGUUUCUUUGAUGCUAUGAAUGUUUUGAGUUUUAUUUAUGUAUUAUUUGAAUUGUAUAGUUCUAUCAGUGUUACAAAUUAAAAGGGACCAUAACGAAUAGCAGAAAACGAGGAAACAUCGGUUGCGCCACUUUUGAGCUGGCCUUGAAUAAUCCUGGUAAGAAAGCAGAGAUGAUAUAUCAGUGCUGUACUGUACGAGUCGGGUUGUACUUUAAAGUGGCUGAACAUUUACAGUGGAUAUUUGUAUUCCUUCACAGCCUUUAAUGGACAAAUGUUCCCCUACCUACCUGCUCUAAUCUGUAGUCAGAAAGCUAGUAGCAUUCAUUGUUGUUGCAAGCUUUAGGAGCGUACUACUACUGCCCAUGUCUGUCACCACACAGGCUACAUGUACCCUGCUCUAAAUAGGACCUUAACCCUUAGCAAGCAUUUUGAUAUAGUUGACAUAAUAUUUAGCCUUACGAGACCUGUUUAGUCUUAAUAUGUUGUUUACACUACUUUAUUGAUUGCAUGCAUAAUAAUGUUGUUAUACCCAUAUUUGGCCUUAUUUAUUAUCGUCAUAUUUAUGUAUAGGUCUAACGUUACUUGGCAUUAUGUUUGCAAUAUUUUAGUCAUCUGAUUUGAUUAUUGAUGCAGUGGAAGCCAAGUGUGGAGUAUUAUGGAGUUUCAGGAGUCUGUGUGUGUAUGUGUUUUAUAAUUUACACAUACACCGCUGUAAGUGCGGCACUAUGGGGCUUUGGACUAUAAGGUAUGAUCAUAUUUUCAUACAGAGAAUGGAACUUUUUGUUGUCUUUCCUGACCUGUAUAUAUGCUUUCUUUUGAAAACAAGGGGAAGAUUUACCUUUUGUAUCUUAAGGUUUGUAUUAACCAUUUUUGGAAAAGCUCACCUGUAAAUAUGUUUUUGUUUUGAUUUUGUUAAUAUUGUUUUUCAGAUGUCUUUUUUGCAUGUGGAGGCAGUGUUGUUGAUUUGAGGAGCAAUAACUCAGAAGUAGUGCACAGAGGACUUGUUGACUUGAAAUGGUGGCGAUUUCUUUCAAUAUGUAUCUUUUUACAGGAAUAAAGUAUAUUUUCACAUAAAAA